GGCGAGGGACGCAGAGCAGGAAGGAGGCGUUGCUGUCUGUGAUUUCUAACCCGUGUUUGGCUGCUGACAGAGCCGCGCUAAUCUCCCUCCCUCCUCCCCCCGUUGACCGGCUGUCUCACCCGGUAACGUCACGACACUGAAACCAAAGGAAUGCGACACGCUUCGUGUUUCCGAGCCCACGGCCGCUCCACUCGGUUCCGCCGCUUCCACGGCUAAUGUCGCGGCUUCCCAGCUGGAUUCCUCCGCGGAAACGGAUCCGGUGCUGGUUCGCUGGACUCGGUUCUGGUUCGGGUUCAUAAUCUGAUGCUAGCUUGCAGCCGUUGCCACCAUGUUUGCCAAAAAGAAGAAGUCUCGAAUCCAGAUCUCUGCUCCGUCCAACUUUGAGCAUCGUGUCCACACGGACUUUGACGAGCAGGAGCAGAAGUUCGUCGGGUUGCCGCGCCAAUGGCAGUCCCUCAUCGAAGACACGGCCAAGAGGCCAAAGCCUUUCAUCGAUGUGACGGUUAUCACUACCGUAGAACCGCGAAAGACGAUCGUACGAGGCACGAAGGUGGGAGCAGACGGCUCUUUAACGUGGCUGCUGGACGAGUUCGACACCAUGUCCGUAACUCGAUCGAACUCCCUGCGGCGAGGCAGCCCCCCCACUCAGCCCCGCAGGGAUUCCAGCUCCGCCGGUGGAGAGCAGGAGAACGGCGACCCCCGACACAGGCACCACCCAGACAGGGACAGACUGAGGCAGGACUACCCGGGCGGAGGGGACCCGCAGCACGGGCAGCGUGGCGUCCAGCCCAGGGACGAGGGCGGGCAGGGCCGGCAGGGCCGGCCCCAGCAGCAGCCGAGGGGCCAGGAGCCCAGCAGGGCCUACAGGGAGCGGUCCGACUCGGGACAGCAGCCUCGCAGAGACCCCCGGGACCGGGACCAGGAGCAGGUGAUCCGCCGGGACCAAGCCAGCGACCACCGGCCCAAGUCCAGCUAUGCGGCGCGUGACGGCAGCCCCACGUCUCCGAGGGACAAGAGGCCGCUGUCGGGACCCAACAUCCGAACGCCCAACCUGCCGGUGACCGAAGGCGUGAUGAAGACGGCCCAGCAGAACAUGCGGCCGUUCAACACGUACCCGAGAACGGACAGCGACGGAGGACGCAGUCCGACGGGACAGGUGGUGCGUCACCAUGAGUCUUCCCCCCAGAACGGGCCCACCAGCAGCUCUGCCCGGGGUUCCUCCAAGCCCCCAGUCAGCCUCCCUCAUUCCCACCACGCAUCCCACCCCAUCCUGACCCCGGACUCCUCCCAGUUGCCGCACACCCCCCACCCCAACGUGCCGGCCCCGCGGCCCCCCGUGCCCGCGGCGGCCCCGGGGUCGGGCGCAGCGCCGCAGGGCCGCUCCCCGCAGCGGGAGCCACAGAGGGUUUCCCAUGAGCAGUUCAGAGCGGCGCUGCAGCUGGUGGUGGAUCCCGGCGACCCGCGGACCUACCUGGACCACUACAUCAAGAUCGGCGAGGGAUCCACGGGAAUCGUGUGCAUCGCAACGGUGAAGACGACGGGGAAGCUGGUGGCCGUGAAGAAGAUGGACCUGAGGAAGCAGCAGCGCAGGGAACUUCUCUUCAAUGAGGUGGUGAUCAUGCGGGACUAUCACCAUGACAACGUGGUGGAGAUGUACAACAGCUACCUGGUGGGCGACGAACUCUGGGUGGUCAUGGAGUUCCUGGAGGGAGGAGCGCUCACCGACAUCGUGACGCACACCAGGAUGAACGAGGAGCAGAUCGCCACCGUGUGUCUGUCUGUGCUGAAGGCGCUGUCAGUCCUGCACACUCAAGGCGUGAUCCACAGAGACAUCAAGAGCGACUCCAUCCUGCUGACUCAUGAUGGCCGGGUGAAGCUGUCAGACUUCGGUUUCUGCGCUCAGGUUUCUAAGGAAGUCCAGCGGAGGAAGUCUCUGGUUGGAACGCCGUACUGGAUGGCACCAGAGCUCAUAUCCAGGCUGCCGUACGGACCAGAGGUAGACAUCUGGUCUCUGGGCAUCAUGGUAAUAGAGAUGGUGGACGGCGAGCCGCCAUACUUCAACGAGCCGCCGCUCAAAGCCAUGAAGAUGAUUCGAGAUAACCAGCCGCCCAAACUGAAGAACCUGCACAAGGUGUCCCCUCUCCUCAAAAGCUUCCUGGACCGGAUGUUGGUGCGUGAGCCGGCUCAGAGGGCGACGGCCAGCGAGCUCCUGAAGCACCAGUUCCUGUCCAAGGCCGGCCCGCCGUCCUGCAUCGUCCCCCUGAUGCGGCAGAACAGGAUGAGAUGAAGCGCGGCGCUCGACACCUCCGGUGCUGUGAAGGCGACUCAGGUGGAUCAGAAUACUCCCGCACCGGGAGCCCAGGCUGUGCGGGAGUAUUCUCCUUAUCCGGUGUGAGUCACUGAACUGUGGGGAGCGCGCUCCCCGAAUCAGAGGCAAUAACGACGAAUGCGUGGGUGAAUGAGUGUGAUAUCGUGUGUUUCUGGACGCAGUAAAAGGCUCUUUUUCUUUUUUUUUUUUGGUGUACAGCCGGGUUCGAAGGAGUCGGGGACGGUUGGAGUAACUUUUUAAAUCUCACUUACCGACAAUCUGCAAACGUUUCCACUACAGACACUGAUCCCGACCUCUGGACCCCUGAAUUUACUACUGACAGCGGCGACCUUUGGACUCGGACUGUAUUUUGUAGCCAUAAUUAUCCUAGCUUCCUGUUGUAAACGAGCAAAAACACACUAAGUGAACAUGUAAACACUGGAGUCAUGGUAGCAGAGGACUUUUUUUUUCUUCCACUUAUUUCCUAAUAUUCCUGUGUAAAAACGGUGAACUUAGAGAAAGCGUUGAUAAUUUACCGUCUCUGUUUUUGUGAUUGUUGUAUUUUGUUUGUUACGAUGCAAAAGCACAAAAUCUUACCAAAUAUUUUUGCAUAGUUUGAAGUGCAGAUAUUUCAAUACAUUUGAAAUAAGACAAACUAACUCAAAAAUAACUUUUCAGCUAAAUAAAGGAGCUUGUCUUAUGUAAAUAAAAUUGAUUAAAAGCAGGACUAGUUAAACUGUCAGAUUACUUGAUUUAUAACAAGACAUUUUUGUAAAUGAAAUAAUUUCCCAGUAGAAUUGGUACUUUUUUAAAUCAAUAUUAAGGAAUUAUUUACUUAAAUAAAACUCCUAUGCCACUUUACAAUAUGACUUCCCUUACAGAUGGCCAGUAAUUCAUAGCUAUGUCAUUAAUUCAUCUUUAAACACUUUAUAAAUCACUAAUAACUGUUAAUUAUGCAUUAAUUAUUGUCUAGAGUUGUUGUACUGAAUAUUUCAGACUACCUUGUAAGAACAACAAGCAUUUGCAAAUGUAUUUUUGGCAUAACAUCUCCUUCUCAUUCUUAAUACAACAGUUAUUGAUGAUUUAUUAAGCGUUUAUAGAUAAAUGAAUAACAUAUCUAUGAACUAUUUAUUAGCCAUCUAUAAAGGGAGCCUUAUGGUGAAGUGAUGCACAAGCUCCUGUAUUUUGCUGUAAAGUUGCUUAUAAGUUAUUUUCUCUUAUUUCCAGUGUAAUAACAUAUUUGCACUAGAAACUACCCAGAAAGACUUGGUGAGAUUUUGAGUUUUUGCAGUGAACAGAGUGAAACGUAUCGAGCACUGGUGAUGAGAUGCACAGGAGCUGCACUCGCAGUUCGUUCCUGCAACACUAAACCCUUUAGAAGAGACGCUACGGGAGCAUUAACCAAUCAGCACACAGUCCCAUAACACCAGGUCAAAUUUAACUCAUUCCUUCUUUAUUUGUUAAUAACUGUAGCAUUUUUUUAGAACGAUAGGCUUUACUUUAUGUUUUUUUUUUUUUAAAUAUAUAUUUAAUUUUUUCACUGUAGAACAGGAACUAAAAAACUCAAACUUUUUGAUCUCUUGUGAUGUAUUUUUUUUACGUCUCCUGCUACUAACUGUUUUUACAGUAAACAACGGAUGAAAUUGACCCGUUCUGUUUCUGAAUGACACUUUUUCUCCAUUAAAUGCCACACUGGGGUAUUCCAGAACCAGCAGCCGGGGUGUCAGACGUCCUCAGAGGACGUCUGCAGGUUUAUCUGUUUGAUCUGGCGCCUGAACUGUAAAUAAAAUAAACUGUUUGGUUUUCCACAUCCGGAGGACCAGCUUACCACCACGUAAAAUCAAUCUGUUGUAUUGAUUAAGUGAUUCCUGUGUUUGUUGUAAACACAAACAGCUGUUCUAUGGAUCCGUUGCAGAGUGAUGCCACAAGCACAGGAGGGCAGAAAGCUGCUACAUGACUAGCAUUGGUUUUAACUUAUAAUAGUUAAAACACUAAGCAAUAUAACUCGCAGAACCUUAAAUGUACGCCUGAUGUAUAAAAGAAAAACUGUCAAGAUUAGCACAACUAAAUAACAAGGUCAGGAAAAGUUUUAAUUUAAGAAAUGGCGAGGAAGUAGGUCAGUUAUGUUAGCUUGACUUUGACAACCAUAACAUGUAGAUGCGAUGUGGAAUUUGGUGUUUCUAUUCAGUUAAAACAAAAAAGGCAACCUAAACUCCAACUCUGACAUGUGAUCAGUAGAGCAGGUGUUUAGCUAAUUUAAUCAGCUAACCGCUGCUGUUAGCUUAGCUAAUAGCAGCUGUAGCUAAUCUGUCACAACUUAAUAAUUGCAAAAUAAACAUCAAACCUACAAACGUACAACUGUAACCAGCUGGAUGUUCUCUUUUUUUGAGUGGGAAAUGUUUGAGUGUUUUUUGCUGUUGAAUCCUGAAACAUUAAGUGGCGUUGUUGUCAGUCGCCAUGGCAACGAGUCUGCGCGUAGCCAACACAGGGAGCGAGAAAAAAGUGAUUUUGAGUUGUUAUUUUUCCUUUGCUGUGGCGCACUGCGAUAAAUAAAUCCCUCAUCUCCAGGUCUCAUUUAGUUAAAGGUUCUGCCGCGGCCGUUACAGAUGGCGAGUGAAAGAAUCGUCUUUUUGCCCUCCAGCGAGAAAUUUCCGGAUGUAAACAAUAACAGCGAGGGGUCCAUAAUCAAAUAUAACAGCAGUUGGUGUUUUUGGCUACUUUCACACAGCAGGCGAUUGCAAUCUGUAUCCAACUGCCAUGACGUUUACAAAGUCAUGACUCAUUUCUAUCGCGGAGCAACCGCCUGGCAGAGGGUUUUACACCUGGGACCAAAUGUUUCUAGUAUUAAGACACAUUUUCUCACUGCCUGAUAUUCAGUAAGACUGUUUCCUGUGUUUCAGGGUUAAUACAUUUUUUAAAAAAGAAUUGUUCAAUCUUGCAAGUCUGUGACGGUUUCAUUAGUUUUAGUUAAACUUCGUUAAAUCUGGCUCAUUCCUCCUGACGGAACUGGUGUAAUUGGGUCAGGGUUCUAGAUCGUCUUGAUCACACACAACUUUUUAACUCUGUUUACAACUUUUUAAUAAAACUAACAAGGUUUUGUGAUGAACACUUAAAAACCUUGACUUCGUCCACACUUUAACUUCCUGGUUGUCUCUUCGAUAUUUCCACAGAAUAUUUUCUUAAACGAUGCAAUCACUUUUGUGAAGUGCACCAGUUCCACCAGUUCCAGCUUAAAUAUGUUUCACAAAAGAAUCUAAAUAAAUUGAAAAUAAUCUAGGAUAUAUUUAUUGGUCUGGAGUUUGGUGGUAAUAUCUGCAAAAGUUAAAUAAAGAAGUGAAACUAUAAAAGUUUGAAGUGGUAAAAGUGUGAAAUAACCGUCAGCCAUCAUACAGAGACUCAACAGUGUUUAUAAACUUAACAGAAAAACGAUGCAAAAAUUAAAAGAAAUUCAAGCAUUUUUUUAUUUACAUUUUUUAUAACAAUCUGUUUUUCAAUAGUUGCUGUAAUAUAAAACUUAAGAUGACAUUAAAAUAUUUUUUGUGGUGCUCAUCUUUCUGAUUUAUGAAGCUGCCUAGCUCCUAAAACUAGCAUAGCGUAGCUAGCUUAGUAUAGCAUAGCAGCGCGAAAUGGAAAAGUUUGACAAAAAAAACCCUGGCCUACUAAAAUCAGAAGGUCUGAAGCAGCAUUUAUGCUAAACGGAUGUAAUAAUUAUUGAAUGGUGAAUAAAAAUGAGGAAGAAACAUUCUGAAAGUCGGCGUUUCUUUGCAUAUUUUGUAGCAUUGUCUGUGAGACUACAAACACGAGUCCCCGCUCAGAAGCUAAUGCAGAUUUUUGAUUGAUCUGCCUCAUGUGAACCUGUAAAAAAGCAGAACUGGCUUUACGUUUAGAGUCUUCAUUGUCUCCUCUGCCAGAAACGGAAAUAAAUUAUGCUAAAUAACCACUGGAACAAUAAAACGGAACCAUUUUAGACACAAAACAAAUGCUUACAAGGCACGAGACGCUCUUAUCAGCUGGUAGCAUUUGUGUUUUAAAUUGUCCCUUCAAAACGUGAAUGAGGGUUUUGCCAUUAAAUUCAAGUUUUCCUUAGUAAAUAUUCACAUUUCCAUUAAGUCAGUUAAUUUAUCUACAGUAAAUGUGCUAAAACACACAAAGAAAACUUUAAAAUGUGCAUAAAUAUUCAUAUAUUUUCCUUCAGGCUGGAAGUGAAGAGUCUGCAGAAGUUAAAGUUGAGAUUCCUUUGAGAUGAUUCUUUGUUUACGACAUGCAGAUGGAUUCCUCUCACUCGGAUGUGGCCGUCGUUUCGAUUCCUAAUUCAGUUUCCUUGUUCCUUCAAACAAACCAAGUUUUUCUGCAUUUAUCUGCAGACAGAAAUGCAUCACAAAACGCAUUUCGCAGCUUUAUGUUGAGUCUUAAAUCUAGUAAAGUACUUUUUUUAAUAGUUGAUGUUGGAAACAACCAGUCUUUGUGGUUUAUUUUAAAUUAUUUAUAAAAGCUGCAGAAACUUUGAAGAAGUCUUUUGUGUAAGCUGGUGGUUUCUCUAACGUCAUUAAUCAGUUUUUAGGAAGCAGAGCAGCUUUGUUUAGGAAAAAUCUUUUUUCUCUGGGGAGAAAUUUUCUGAAAAUGUGGUUUUCCACCUGUGGUUGCAGUGACGUUGCCGUCAAUUAGCUGCUUCCUUUACGGCGUCUCUUCAGUUGUGCAAAUGUCUCAGAUGAAAUCUUCAACGUAAGACGCUGCCUGUUGAUCAGUUCAAUUUGUUUUUCAACAACUGACCAAUCAGCGGCCACAGUUUGUUCAAAAUAAACACGUCUCACCUGGAGGAGCCAAACUUCAGAGUGCUGAGGUUUAGUUUACCACGAAGAAUUCACUGCAAAAUGUGAAAAAUAAUCAGAAAAAAUAAAUACAUUCAUUAUGAUUUCACACCAAUAAAACCAUUUCUGAGAUAAAAGUUGAA